CCGUACGAGAAAUUCUUCUCAAAUAGCGAUGCUGUCUGCCUGAAACGGAUUAUUGUCAAUAACCUAUAACCGUCCGAAGAAAGGUGAACCACAUAUAUUACAUUCAGUUUGUAUACUUUUCAUAUGCACCCGUUUCAAGGGUGUCAUAUCAGUCAUUAAUGGCAUCUUCAGAUCCGACAAGUUUGGACCCAUGGCGAUACGUCAUAAUUGUUUCCAAGUUCAUGGUAUAUUUUUUGCAUAUUGGACUAGUGAAGUCUCUAUCUGUACUCAUUCCAUAUCUCGUCAUCCAACUGGAUGUGGACACUGCAACGGUAGGCGUCCUUGUUACUAUGGAAAUUGGAAUAUAUUUUAUGGCUUGUCCACUCGGUCAUUUUCUGAACCAAAAGUAUGGUUCUCGUCCGGUGACAAUAAUAGGAGGAAACCUAGCUGCCAUUUCGUUCAUGGCAGGAACAUUCUGCAAGACGGCCUCCUCUCUUGGUUGCCUACUAUUCUUUACAGGUCUCUUCGCUUCCCCGUUGAAUCAAGGAUCGAGUGUAGUGCUUCACCAAUAUCAUAGAGACAAUUUCGGAUUAGCUUCGGCGAUCACGAUGAUGGGUAGUCAGGUCGGGAGUUUCGUAAUGCCUUACCUGACGUCGAUGAGUAUGGAUGCCUAUGGGCCGAGAGGGAGCUUCCUGAUCCUUAGUGCCAUGAUGUUUCAUUGGGUACCAAUAGGAGCAACGCUGCGUUCAUCUCCGAAAGACCAAAUUGAAAGAGGAAUAUCCUUGUUUAAACUGUCUACAAUGGACGACAGUGAUGACGCCUGGUGCGAACGUGAGCCACUUCGAACUAGGAACGAUGAUCAGCUUCAGAGCAACGAAGUAACAGCCACAGCGAGUAGCCCCCAAGAUUUACAGUCUGAUUCAAACACUGGACAGAUGAAGAAAAGCCCAAAUCUUCGAGAAGGAAUGUUCAGCAUGAUCCGAAACACCAUGCUUGAUGCCCAAGAUUUUGUUAAAAAUGAACGCGUUUUUGCAUGCUUUCUGCUUCCCUGCCAGGUCUUUUUCGACAUGUCUUACAUCGGUUGGUCGGUGUUUCUGUUCCCUUACGGGAUAGCCGAAGGAUUACCCCAAAACACAGCCGUGUUCUUAGUCAUGAUGGGUUCUGUUGGUGGCAUCACUGGAAGACUCUUCCUCGCAGCAUCUCUGUAUAAGUACCCAUUGUUAACGAUACCAUUGCUGCCAUCAAGCCUCUUGAUAUCAUCCAUGUCGCUCCUGGCGUACCCUAUCAAUUCCUCUCCGACCUAUCUAUGCAUCUGUUCCUUUCUCGCCGGGAUGGGUUUAUACAAUACAUAUGCAACAUUAGACGGGGUUAUUUCUUUGAAGGUCCGGAAAGAGAAUUUCCCAAAGGCCAUUGCUUGCUCCCUGAUGGUAACCGGAGCCUCUUUUCUUGCUUCUGGAGUACUUACAGGUUUUCUUCAUGAUUAUUUUGGAUCAUACAGGGCAGUCUUCCGUAUCCUUGGGAGCCUCGUUGGGAUCAUCGGUAUUACAAUUACGAUUCAUAUCUGCGUUGAGGCGAGGACCAAACGGACGAACAAAGGCCUUUAAGUAUUUGUCUUUAAAAGUGCCGUUGAUACACUUAAUAUUUCCAUAUUAUAGGAGAACUACAAUGCUGUUUCGUUUGCUCUGCCAGUAUACUUGACACCACCUCCCUAAUAAAUCGAAAUACCCACGUGACUCGAUAUUUCAGAUUCGUUUGUAAUGAUAAAGGUGCUCGAAAUUUUUGUUCAUAAUUAUUCAUAUGAAAAAAAAAGAUACAUAAACAUAUCAUUGGCAAAGGGAUGUAAGUGCCUUGGGACCAACAAAAUAAAAGGAGAAAUAGAGAGAAAAGAAAAUUAAAAAGGUUUUCU